AUGAAAAGACAAAAUGUUCGUACGUUAUCUUUAGUUGUAUGUACUUUUACUUAUUUACUAAUUGGUGCAGCGGUAUUUGAUGCAUUAGAAUCAGAAACAGAACGUAGACGAUGGGAAUUUUUAUCAGAUGUAAAACGUAAUUUAGUACGUAAAUACAAUAUUUCAAAUGAAGAUUAUCGUAUGAUCGAAAUUGUUAUUAUUGAAAAUAAACCACAUAAAGCAGGCCCACAAUGGAAAUUUGCCGGAGCAUUUUAUUUUGCAACGGUGGUAUUAGCAAUGAUUGGUUACGGCCAUUCAACACCAGUAACGAUUGGUGGGAAAGCAUUUUGUAUGGCAUACGCUAUGGUUGGCAUUCCAUUAGGAUUAAUUAUGUUUCAAAGUAUUGGUGAACGUUUAAAUAAAUUUGCAUCGGUUGUCAUACAGAAAAUAAAACGAUACAUGCGAUAUCAGCGUACGGAAGCGACAGAAAUGAAUUUAAUGUUAGCCACGGGGAUGUUGUCAUCGGUGAUUAUUACAACGGGUGCGGCAGUGUUUUCUCGAUAUGAAGGAUGGAGUUAUUUUGAUAGUUUUUAUUAUUGUUUUGUUACGUUGACCACAAUUGGAUUUGGAGAUUAUGUGGCUUUACAGAACGAUCAAGCGCUAAUGAAUAAGCCAGGAUAUGUGGCACUUAGUUUAGUAUUUAUAUUGUUUGGAUUAGCGGUGGUAGCUGCUAGUAUAAACUUACUCGUUCUUCGUUUCAUGACAAUGAACGCUGAGGAUGUUCGUCGCGAAGAUAAUGAAUUACAAUCAGCAUCACAUCAUGUCCUAACAUUAGACGGUGAAGUAAUGGCAGUUAAUGGAAAACUACUAGCCGGUCAUAAUUUAGUUUACGAUGACCAAGACACAGAUCAAAUAUCAGUCUGUUCAUGCAAUUGUUUAGGUGGAAACUUUUCAGAUAAUCAUGAAUUAUUAUUAGAUCCAAGUUAUCAACCAACACAUAAAAAUCAAACGGAAAGUAAUUUUAAAUGUAAACGAGCAUCUGUAUGA